AUGUCGUACUACGGAAACGGAGGAUACAAUCCUUAUGGAGCAUCUGGAUAUGCACCACCACCGGUCUACGGAGCUCCAGGAUAUAUGCCACCACAAACUGUUCAUGUCCAUACUGAUGGAGGACAUCAUCAUGGUCACCACCAUCACCACCAUGGAUUUCUUCAUGAGUUGGGACAUGCCAUGACUGGGCACCAUCAUCAUCAUCACGGCCAUCAUCACGGACAUCAUUAUUAA